CGAAGAUAUGGCUAGACCGUUUGAGCAAGUGAAGGACAUUAACGACUCGAAGGAGCUGUGGAAAAUCGUUGUUUGAAUCCAUCACAAAUGGACCGUUGUUUCGAAGAACAAGGAACAUUUUGAGAUGAUACUAUGCGAUAAAGAAGGAUGUGAUAUUCAAUGUAGAGUUCCUACUGCGUAUAAACAAGCGUUUGAUUCGGUGUUGAUGGUCAAUAGCACAUAUACAAUAGCUAACUUCCAGGUAUCCUUGAAUGAUAUGUUGUUCAAACCUACCGAACACAAAUUCCUAUUGACUUUCACUGGUGGCACUUCUGUGACUGACAUAAACAAGCAUGACAUACCUCCUAAACCCCUGAACUUCACACCUUUCGCUGAAAUUCUAACUGGGAAAUGGAAGAGGGAUGUUUUAAUAGAUGUCAUAGGAAUGGUGUCGGAAAUUGGUUACACUCAAAUUCAAGCUGGAAACAAGAAGCAACAGAUAAAUUUGGUCUUGAACGAUUUAUGCAAUAACAUCCUUAAUUGUACAUUGUGGGAGGGGUACGCUAUGCAGUUCCAUGAAUUCCAUAAACAAAGGAAAGAUCUUUCUUCACCAACUGUUAUUGUUUUGCAAUUCGCAAAAGUCAAAGAGGAAGGUAUAUUGUCUUUGCUUUUUCUUGAAUUCCACGUUUAGCUAUCCAUUGUCCGUAUC